AUGGCGGGCUUUGUGCGCGUAGAGGAAGACGGCGAGAAACAGCGCAAGCGCUCGCUCUCAGCCUCGUCGCCGUGCUCAGUGGCCACUCCUGAGGGCCGCGCGAGCGCCAAGAGCAAGGUAUUCUCCCGAUGGCUCUACGGUGUCUUACGCGGCAACACGCUGUUGCUCUACUGGCGCCGCACCGACUACAAGCGCAAGACGCCUCCUCUAGACUCGCUAACACUUCAGAUGCAGCCUGCCGCGCCCAACGAGAGCGUCUUCGGCUUUGACCACGAGUGUCUGUACGUGCGGGAGAAGGACUCAGGGCGCAUCGUCGCUCUGCGCAUCCACCAGCGCAAGGAGAUCGUGCGCUGGGUGACGGCACUUUAUUACCAGAGUAUUGGAAGUGAAUCCGUAGAACAGAAGAAGGGCAGCAGCAGGCGUAGUAGGCACGCCGCUUUACCUGCAAAAACUAACGACCCAGAGCCCGAGACGCGCAAGAAGAGCGUGUCCUUUCAGGAGAAGCCGCAGGUGCGCGUACUGCCCGUAGAGGCUUACGACCCCGCUGAUCUCUUUUACUCGGAGGAUGACUACGAACAAUUUUUGAUGGAGAGGCCCUCACACCUGUCCAGUCUCAUGAGCACUAUUUAUUCAAAGACGACGGCCAAGCUACGUGUAUCCAGGAAGCGAUAA